CGGAAACCUCGUUGGGUUGGGAGAACCGGAGGCUAUGAUAGGGUCCGACAAUGGACCAGCCUUUAUUUCACAAGUAACGCAGGUAGUAACCAGGGCUAUUGGGGCAAAUUGGAAAUUACAUUGUGCUUAUAGGCCCCAGAGUUCAGGGCAGGUAGAAGGGAACCAUGGAAACUGGCGGGGACUGGGUGACUCUCUUAUCAUGUUUGGCAGGCCACCCCCUAUCAUUCCUAACCUUAAAGCUGACUUUCUUGCUGCAAGAACUAUCUCUAUCCUUGAGAGGGCUCCAGAGGGCGCACGAGGACAUUUGGCCGCGCCUCUGCGCCAUCUACGAGACCGGCCCAACCCCAACUCCUCAUCAGCACAGACCAGGAGAUUGGGUCUACGUCAGAAGGCACCGCCGGGAUACCCUCGAGCCACGUUAGAAGGGUCCCUACACUGUGGUGCUGACGACCCCCACCACUCUCAAGGUAGACGGUGUCGCGACCUGGGUCCAUCCGGAAAGACUUCAUCACCAAAUGGAGCAUCGAUUGAGAUCAAAGCAACCCGCUCAAGCUCAAGCUACGGCGUGCUCGACCUGCCUGAUGCUGGUUUGAAUGUAUGUUGGCUGUCCUGGAAGGGGACUGUGUGGGGUGACGCCCAAAAGUAAAGGGUGUCUAGCUGCCAAAAGGGCAGGUGCCCAACUGGGCGGGGAGGGGUUCCCAUCAGGUUU